GACAUGGCCAACGACCAAAACCAUGCGUGAGCUUAUGGGAUACUUAAGCGGACGCAUAUAACCAUGCUGCUGUGAUCAGACUGCAGCGACAGCACCAAUCGCUUCGUCACAUACAAGCAACAUCAUCUUCUACCUGCAUCACCAGCAUGCCUCCACAGCAAGACGAUAUUCGUAUCGAGCAUGCAGAUAAUGCCAGCAAGAACCCUGUGGUGAUUGUCAACGGCAAGGAAGUUGUCGUGAGCUCCGCUACAGAGAAGCCUACCCGCUCGCUUUGGGUUGCAUGGCUCUACAUCUUCGAUUGGUACCCAAGUUACUACUCUCCUGAAGAGAAGAAGCUUGUGCGUAAGCUUGAUUGCAUCCUGCUUACGCUAUGCUGUCUCUGCUUCUACAUCAAGUGGCUUGAUCAGAACGCGCUCAACAGCGCAUACUGGUCCGGCAUGAGGGAAGAGCUCAAGAUCAAGGGCAAUGAAUACUCUCUCUUUGGCACCUUCUACAACAUCGGUUACAUGGUCUUCGAGAUCCCCAGCAUGAUGAUCAUCUCGCGUCCCAAGCUCGCCCGCUACUACGUUCCGAUCAUGGAAAUCGCCUGGUCUGUUCUGACAUUCACCCAAUCACGGCUGAGCAGUGUCCCGCAGAUCUACGGUCUCCGCUUCUUGCUCGGCUUACUCGAGACUCCCGCAGCAACAGGCUCCAUCUACCUUCUCACGUCAUGGUACCGCUCUGAUGAGGUAUUCAAGCGCGCAGGUGUCUGGUAUGUUUCUAGCAACGCCGGUGCCAUGUUCAGCGGCUACCUGCAGGCUGCAGCCCAUAAAGGUCUGAACGGUGCCAUGGGAAUGUCAGGCUGGAGGUGGCUCUUCAUCAUCGAUGGGUGCAUCUCCCUCCCGAUUGGCAUUGCUGGUCUCUUCUUGUACCCUGGUCUGCCGACGAGCCCGAGGGUCUGGUGGUUGACCGAAGAUGAGCGCAAGCUGGCUGUCGCACGCAUGCAAAGUCAAGGUACCAAGCAGAGUGGCAAGAUCGGCAAGCGCAUGCUCAAGCGCGUGUUUACGAAUUGGCACUUCUACGUUGUGGUACUCACAUACGUGUUCUUCCAGUGCACAAGCUACGUCGGCGGUCAGAUGCAAGCCUGGCUCAAGCAGGAGGCCGACAUGAACGGCACCUACAGCAUCGAGGAGAUCAACUUGAUUCCCACCGGUGUGCAAGGUGUGGCUAUCGUGACCGGUAUCCUUGUCACCAGUCUCGUCAUGAUCUACCCAAUGUGGGCGGUCUUCUCCGUUGUGACGGGCAUUCUGCUCUUUGCUAAUGUAUGCUUGAGGAUCUGGCACAUCCCGCUCGGUCUUCACUUCUUUGUCUACUACCUUCUUGGCAUGACUUCUUGCGUCACACCAAUUCUCUUCCCAUGGGCGAAUAUGUUAAUGAAAGACGACAACGAAGCGCGAUCUUUCACCACCGGAGCGAUGAUGACGAUUGGGUGGGCCUUCUUCAGCUUCUACCCGAUCACCGUCUUCCCCAUCCUUGAGGCGCCGCAGUGGACGAAGGGCUUCACGGUCAACGUCAUCUUCAUUGUGUGCUACUGGACGAUCUUCCUGGUUGGUCAGUACCUUUGGCGCAGGGAGGUGGCGGCCAGGAAAAUCGACAUCAAUGCACCAGGCCACUCCAGCGAAGAAGAUUUCGCCAAGGAGACAGAGAAAUACGAAGCAGUGCGUGUCGAAGUAGCAGAGGAGAAGAAGGAAACCCGAGUAUAAUUGAUUGUAGCGAUGUCACGGAGGAUUGCGGUGGAGAUUAAGAAGGAUGAGCCUGACAGAAAGCCCGAAGUAGUGGUAAUGGAGACUUUUU